GCGGGCAGGCUUCCGAUUGGCUGCCUGAGUGCGGACUAUAAAGGCGAGCGCGGAGCCCAGCCGCUCACUCCGCCACCGCUGCUGCAAGCAUGGCUCGCUUCGUGGCCUUGGUCCUUCUCGGGCUGCUGUCGCUGUCUGGACUGGACGCCAUCCAGCGUCGUCCAAAGAUUCAAGUGUACUCAAGACACCCACCAGAAGAUGGAAAGCCAAAUUACCUGAACUGCUAUGUGUCUGGGUUCCAUCCACCCCAGAUUGAAAUCGAUUUGCUGAAGAAUGGGGAGAAGAUUAAAUCGGAGCAGUCAGACCUGUCUUUCAGCAAGGACUGGUCUUUCUACCUGCUGUCCCACGCCGAGUUCACUCCCAACAGCAAGGAUCAGUACAGCUGCCGAGUGAAACACGUUACUUUGGAACAACCCCAGAUAGUUAAGUGGGAUCGAGACCUGUAAGCAGCACCAUCGAGGUUUGAAGAUGCCUCUUUUGGGUUGGACUAAUUCCAAAUUCUGUUUUCUUGCUUUUUAAUACUGAUAGACUUUUAUGCUUUGUGCACAUAAAUAAGAAAUUGUAUUGAUGUUACCACAAACAUCUUCUUUUAAUUCUCUUUGUGCCUGCGUUUCCCUGUAGUGUGGUCUGUGUUGGUAGUAAGCUGCAGUGGAGGUGCUGUGCUGGCAUCUUAGAGGUGUGGAGGGAAGAACUCUGACGUCCAGCAUCAACAUCUUGGUCAAGUAAAGUCUUCAGGGUGUUUUGCGCACAAAUUGUAGUCAGAUACCUAUGUGUGUUUAGAGUAAAUCUCCAGUUUGUAAUUUUCCUUAGAAUUUUGCAAAAUGUUGUGACGGAUAUUUGUCAGAAUUAUUGGAAAUAUGUUAUGGUGGAUGGCAUUUUGUCAUAUAAAAUUAUAUUUAGUUCUUUCUUCUGUUGAGACAUGGCUAUGCCUAUUUUCAUUUUAUUUUGUUUUACUAAUUAAAAUGUGGUAAAACUUGA